GAAUAUGAAAAAGAAAAAGAAGCGAAAGAGAGAUUUAGAAUACUUUAAAAUCAAUCAUUUAUGAUAAAUAUUGCAGGAGUGUGCAAUGUUUUUACAAGGUACUAUAAAAUCGACAAUUACAAAGAAGUUCUUAUAAAUUUAUUGUGAUGUAAGAAUGAAGCAUUGUUACCCGCAGAAAUUGAUUAGAAAUUAGUCACUGAAAUGUUAGAAAUUCAAUAUUUUGACGUGACAAAAAAAAAAAUGGAUAAUAUUCCAAAUAUGUAUACAUACAAUUUUUGGACAAAAACGCCAACAGAGGUUGUUGAAUUAACAUGUUUAAUGCCAAAUGGUGUUGUUAUUCCAUUUGAAAGUAAUCGUAACAUAACAUUGGCUGAUAUCAAAGAAGAUCUUUGGGAUGAAGCCAGUAAAUAUCCUCUGCAUGGAAUAUUGAAGGAUUCACAAUCUUACGUAUUUCUGUGUAUUAAUUCUAAUGCUGAAUCAGAAGAAUUAAGAGAUGAAAGUCGGCGCUUAUGCGACAUAAAGCCUUUCUGUUCGGUACUUAAAAUUGUUGAAAAAGAAGAUAUUAAAGUUGAUAGAAAUUUAGAUUCCCAAAUUGGUCUUCUUAUUGGUAAGGGUUUACAUGAAUUUAUUGCUUUAAAAAAUUCAGAGGUUAACGAUUUUCGAUGGAAAAUGAGAUUAUUGGGUGAUGAAAUAGCUUUAGGUCGGCAAAAAAAAUCUUGGACUGAAAAAGUACUUUAUCAAUUUCCAUCCAGAUUUGCCUCAUCACCUAAUAUUCCAAAAAAUAUAGAAUCGCGUUUAAAAGAUAACAAUAUAGUAAUUGUAAUUAAAUUUGAAAACGCAGAUACCUCGUAUACUUUUUUAGUAUCACAUACAACAACUCCUCGACAACUUGUUGUAUUAGCGUUAAAUAAACGCGCUAAUACUUUGACUUUGCGUGACGAACGACCUAGGGAUUUCACACUUAAAGUUUGUGGACAAGAAGAAUAUCUGUUAAGUGACUUACCACUUAUUCAGUUCAGCUACAUUCAAGAUUGUAUCGCUAAAGAUAUUAUUCCAACUCUUGUUGCUAUUAGCAUAAACAAUAUUUCUAUUUACAAAGAUCAUGAUUAUGAAGAUCCUGAUUCGGACAUUUUAAGUCGUGGUACUAGACCAUCAUUUUCAACAUUAACAUUGAGAAAAAAGGGCAAAUAUACAUAUUCGUGGAAUAUAGAAGAUGAAUUUAAAUUUAAUGUUAAUGGUAUUUCACGUCUUAAUUGUGAAGCUGCUCAUCGAACCGUAGAAGUUGGUUUACUAGCUGGUUUAUUUCACGGUGGAAAAUCUCUUUGUGAAAGUCAAAGAACAAAAGAUAUUGUUAUACAAUCUGAUGGAAGUUGCGAAUGGGAAGAGGUUCUCAGAUUUGACAUAAAAAUUCGAGAUAUUCCAAGAAAUACGAGAUUAUGUUGCGUUCUUUGUGAGAUUGGUAAAACGUCAAAAGGUAUCAAAAGUCGAAAACUCGUAAAAGAUUCUAAACAAGAAUACUUUAUAAAUCCAUUGUGUUGGGCCAAUACAACAAUUUAUGAUUUUAAAAGUCAAUUAAAAACUGGGGCUAUGACACUUUAUACUUGGGCAUAUGCUGAAGAUAUUCAAAAUGAAGAUUUACUUCAUCCCUUAGGCACAGUGGUUUCAAAUCCACAUAUAGAUCGAGCAGCUGCACUUAUGUUAACUUUUCCCACGUAUACUAAAGAUCAAAUAAUUCUGUAUCCAUCUCCUGAAAAAAUGGUUGAAUUUGCAACAAAACUUUGUGAAUCUAGAGAAAAUUCAGCUGAAUUUGAUCCUACUAUCAUUUCUAGUUCCGAUUUACAACAAUAUAUCGAUCAACUUCAAUUAUUAGCUGAUCGAGAUCCAUUACAUGAAUUGCAUGAACAAGAACGGAAAACUAUUUGGUCUUUGAGACAGCAGUGUAUUACUAAAGUUCCGACAAUAUUAACAAAACUUUUACAAUGUGUUGAGUGGAAUGAUCAUAAAGAAGUUGCAGAAGCGACUUCUUUAGUACUACGUUGGCCUAAGUUGCCAGUUGAAAGAGCUUUAGAAUUACUAGAUUAUGCUUAUGCUGAUCAAACUGUACGUAGUUUUGCAGUAAAGUGCUUAAAAGAUGUCAGCGAUGAAGAUCUAAGUCUCUUUUUAUUGCAACUUGUUCAAGCGCUUAAGCAUGAAAAUUAUUUAUCAUGCGAGUUAACAGAAUUUUUGUUACGACGCGCAUUGAAUAAUCAACGAAUAGGACAUUUUCUAUUUUGGCAUUUGCGAUCAGAAAUGCACGUUGGUUCUGUAUCUGUACGUUUUGGUUUAAUUUUGGAAGCCUAUUGUCGUGGUAGUCAAGAACAUAUGAGAGCUCUUUUUAAACAAAUGGAAUGUUUAGAUAAACUUGGAAGUGCUUGUGAUCAAGUAAAACAACGGAAAGACAGAAAAAUUGCACAACAGUGUUUACAUGAUUAUAUCAAAGAAGCACACUGUCGAGAAGCUUUUUUUAAUGUUAUGAGUCCACUAAAUCCAAGUUUUAGAUGGAGUAGUAUAAAGGUCGAUAAAUGUAGAGUUAUGGAUAGUAAAAUGAAACCACUUUGCUUAGCUUUUCAAAAUGUUGAUCCAUAUGGAGAUGAUGUAUAUUUAAUUUUUAAACAUGGAGAUGAUCUUCGACAGGAUAUGUUAACAUUACAAAUGCUACGUAUUAUGGAUAAACUGUGGAAAAAUGAAGAUUUAGAUCUGCGUAUGAAUCCGUAUGGAUGUAUAUCUACAGAUAAUCGAGUUGGUCUGAUUGAAGUCAUUUUAAAUGCAGAAACCAUCGCCAAUAUUCAAAAAGAAAAAGGAACCUUUCCAGCUACUGCAGCAUUUAGAAGAGGCUCGUUACUUGCAUGGUUAAAAGAUCAUAAUCAUACAGAAAAGACUUUAAACAAAGCAAUUGAAGAAUUUACACUGAGUUGUGCUGGUUACUGUGUCGCCACAUAUGUUCUCGGAAUUGCAGAUCGUCAUUCGGAUAAUAUAAUGGUUAAAAAAACAGGGCAAUUAUUUCACGUGGAUUUUGGCCAUAUAUUAGGCCAUUUUAAAGAAAAAUUUGGAAUUCGUAGAGAAAGAGUGCCAUUUGUGUUAACAAAUGAUUUUGUUCAUGUAAUUAAUAAAGGUCAAACAAAAAAAGGGCAAGCUUUAGAAUUUCAAAGAUUUCAAAAUUAUUGUGAGCAAGCUUUUUUAGUGCUAAGAAAACAUGGCAGUCUUAUUUUAUCUUUAUUCGCUAUGAUGAUUUCUACAGGCUUGCCAGAGUUAUCAUCAGAAAAAGAUCUUAAUUAUUUAAGAGAUACACUUGUCCUUGAAAUGUCAGAAAUAGAAGCUCAAAAACAUUUUCGAAGUAAGUUCGAUGAAGCUCUUUGUAAUUCAUGGAAAACUUCUUUAAAUUGGGCAUCUCAUAACAUGGCUAAAAGUAACAAGACUAUUUAAAAAUAGUAUUCCAGUUUGUACAAAGCAAUGUAAUAAUAAAAUUUUAGUUAUAUAU